CCGAAGACAGCAGUGGGAUCCGGGAACCCGGAGGCAGCAGAGACUCAGUUCAUUGAGAGUGACUCAUUGCAGUAGCCCUCAGAAGAUUUUGCUCGGUCUCUCUGGGUUUUAUCAUGAUGAUCACAGUGGUGUAUGAUAACUCUGAGGCCACUGAGCUCUGUGCAGCUCAACACCUCUACCUCAAGCCUAUCGCCAAAUUGAUGAUCAAGGUCUUGCUUCCAGAGAGCACUGAAACUAUGAGACAUUUUUCUAACUGGGAAAUUCUUGACCAGUUGAAGAGCUUGAUUUGUCCUGACCAAUUCACCACUGUUCGACUCUCCAAGAGUACGAAGGACUUCAUUCGAUUUGAGGGGGAGGCUGAGACAUUAAGUUUGGUACAGAUCCUCAAGGCCAAGUUACAUGGUAAAAUCAUCAAGCUAAGUGGUCUGAAAACAGAGUUAAAAGUUGUGGCUACAGAUGCCCAAGGUGAGUGGGAACACUUCUCCAAGGAGAAGGAGGCUUUCUCCAGUGAUGAGGGUGAAGACCAGGAUCAAAACACGAGCCCAGAUUCCAUUUAUUUUGAAGGCUUGCCCUGCAAGUGGUUUGCCCCUAAAGGUUCUAGUGGGGAGAAGCCAUGUGAAGAGAUCCUCCGGGUUGUUUUCGAAAGUUUUGGGAAGAUCAAGAAUGUGGAUAUCCCUAUGCUCGACCCUUACAGAGAGGUAAUGACUGGCGAAAGCUUUGGAAGUUUCAGUUUGGGCUUGCAGACUUUUGAGGCUUUUGUCCAAUAUCAAGAAUCAACUGACUUUCUAAAAGCAAUGGAAUCUCUUCAUGGAAUGAAGCUGAUGCUGAAAGGAGAUGAUGGAAAAGCUCUGGCAUGUAACAUUAAGGUUAUGUUUGAUAUGACCAAACACUUCAGUGAAGGAGCAAUACAGAGGAGAAAUCAAGAACGGUUAAAACUACAGGAGGUUGAGGAAGAAAGAAAAAAAGAAAAGAAGAGAGAAGAGGCAGAGGCUGAAAGAAAAAGAAAAGAGGAGAGGAAAGUCCUAGAAAAGAAGAAGAAGGCCAGGGUCCGGAAACGAAGCCUGGAAGAGAAGGAGAGAAACCGUCUGAGCAAACCAGACAGAGCCAAAGCAGAGAUACCUCAGGAACCCAACUCUUCUGAAGAGUGGGAGGAGAGGAAGUACCUGCUGACUCAGAGGCGGGUAGAGGCCUUUCGUUUGCUCCAGAUACUCCUAAGAAAAAUUUCAGGAACACUCUUUCCCAGUCCUCCUUUGGUCUUGGGACCCACACAUCUUAACUCUCAAGAAGCCCAUUUUGCAGGUCCCAAGACCAAUAGUGUUCUUGAGCACACACUGGACACUUGGGAGAAUAAAGAGUUACAUCUUCCAUAUCUUCCAAAGCAGAACAAAAUACCUAAAGACCAUGUUGCCAAAUUAGGAAAAAAACAGAAAAAGAAAAUAAUGGUUGAGGUACAUAAAUCUUCCCACCAAGUUGGGGGGAGAAGAGGAAGAUAUACACCUAGCAAAGAGACAAUGAGAAACAUAGUAACUAACAGACACAAUCACAAUUUUCUCACUGACCAAGAGUCACUGGAGAUUAAACUAAUCCACCAUAAUUUUCUUGAAGAAGAAGACCUUAAUAAAAUCUUAUUUGAACAAGAUCAUAGCAAGAAAUUGAAGGUCUACGAAACGGAUGAAUUUACUAACUAUUUAUUAAACCAUUAUCAAAGUCCAAGUUAUACCCGUAUCUGCCUUGAACCAAGUUAUACAGGUUAUCAGUGGAAGAGAAUUGUCCACAGCACAAAAGAUGGAUUUCAAAUUAAGUUGAACAAAUUUGAUUCUUAUUCAACCAAUUGCAGAUCAGUGCAAAAUGUGCAAGGAGAAAAACAAGUUCAAAAGUUUGAUUCAAAAAUAAAGAGUUCUACUCAGAGUCCUGUGCAUACAUCACAGAAGAGAGGAAAAUGGGGGCAUUCUAAAGAAAGUGCUAUGGGAUUCCAUUGCAAGGAAAUAGAGAGUGAAGCUGAUCAUCUUUUGCCACUAACCAAGGAGAAUGGCCAUCUUUUGGAAAAGCCCUAUGCCAAUGAGGUAAAAAAAUUCAGAUCCACAAGAGAAAGCCCUGUUUCUUCAAAGGGCAGGCCAACAAACAUAAACUUUGAAUUGAAAGAUUUCCUUGAAGAAAUUAGUAGUGAUUCUGAAUACUUUAGUGAAAAAGAAGAGAAGAAAGGGAGUUCCAUGGGCACUUAUCAGAGCUUCCUCAAAAAGGACUUUCCUGAUAUUAAUAAAUUCAAUCCUCAUUAUCAAGAAAAGAGGUCAAAUCAGAGGUACUUGUGUUCAGAUAGGAAGUAUGAUUGUGAAGAACCUGUGGAACACAAUUUUAGACAACCAGUCAGGAGGGUUAAUUAUAAAAUGGCAGGCACAUGGUGUGACAAUACCAAGUAUUUCAAGAGAGGUGGAGUUUACAAAUGCAGAAAGAGAGUAAUGCCAGUCAUUAACUGUAUGUUUUAUGAAGGUAACUGCUGGGAAUCCAAUUCCAGUAAUUUAUUUCAUGGCAACAUGAGGAAAAGGAGGAGGUCUCAAGUUAACACAUGUAACGAAUACAUGACAUACAAACUCCCAUACAUGUCAAAAACAUCAUACAUAUAUAAUAAUGCUUUCUAUGUAGGGAAUUUCCCUAAAAGAAAAGAGAUUCCGUGGCAGUCGGAAUAUAACAAGGAUGUAGGGUUUCAACAGUCUGUGAAUCCUUAUUAUAUGCUUAAUGAUGAUUGUAAUGUUCAACAUAACACUGAUAACUACGCUGACAAUAGAAAUGACUACAACAGAUUGUUUUAUUUGAAAAAUGUUUAG